ACGGGGGGGGGAGGGUCUGGAAAGAUGGCGGAGCCGCCGAGCGUUUCUCCGGAGAGCUCCUGGACAGCCCGAGUUGACUCAACGUUUAGCGACAACGGGCUGGAUCCUGCACUCUUUGUGGAAAGCAGGAGGAAAGGGAGCAUUGUUUCAAGAGCAAACAGCAUCGGCUCCACCAGUGCCUCUUCAGUACCCAACACAGAUGAUGAAGACUCCGACUACCAGCAGGAAGCCUAUAAAGAAAUCUACAAAGACCGCCGCCGCCGCGCCCACACGCAGGCUGAGCAGAAGCGGCGGGAUGCCAUCAAGAAAGGCUACGACGAUUUGCAGUCGAUUGUACCUACAUGCCAGCAGCAGGAUUUCUCCAUAGGCUCAGGGAAGUUAAGCAAGGCAAUUGUGUUGCAGAAAACCAUUGACUAUAUCCAGUUCUUGCACAAGGAAAAGAAGAAGCAGGAGGAAGAGGUCUCCACGCUCCGGAAAGAUGUAAUGGCCUUGAAAAUCAUGAAAAUAAACUACGAACAGAUUGUCAAAGCUCACCAGGACAAUCCUAAUGAAGGGAAGAACCAGGUCUCCGACCAGGUGAAGUUCAACGUUUUCCAGGGUAUCAUGGAUUCCUUGUUCCAGUCCUUCAACGCCUCCAUCUCCGUGACAAGCUUUCAGGAGCUCUCGGCAUGUGUCUUCAGCUGGAUAGAAGAGCACUGCAAGCCACAGACCCUACGGGACAUUGUGAUCGGCGUCCUGCAACAACUGAAGAGCCAGCUCUACUGACCACACUUGGGCACCCCAGGAGGGGUGUGUUGUAGCCUGGCGCUCUGUAGCCAAGAGGCUAUUCCUGCCAGUACUUCCUCUUCAAGCUUUUUUGGAGGGCUAUUGAUUGUAUUGACCUCUGAAACCCUUCUCUCGGCCUCCUUAUGUGAGCAGGAAAGAAAUUAGCUGUCUGUUCAUGAGGAUCAGUCGCUGCGGUCUCGCUCUUUCAAGCCUUGGCCCUGAUGUGUUCUUCAUGUUGACCUAGCUUGUCUGAUAAAAAUCCAUCUACAACGCACAGUCCUGGGGUUUGAUUGUGAGCAAAGUUCCUUUCCUACAGGUACGCAAGUACCGGGACUCAAGCUCUCUUCCAGCCUUCGCUUCACCUCAAAUCAGGAGCAGAGGCUCUUAAAUUCUCAGUACACAUAAGGCUUUGGUCUAAGUGGCAUUAACUUGGUGUGGACACUUUAAAACAAAGCCACCUCUCUAUUGUGUUUUUUUCAGACACCCUAUUUACACACCCAGAUGCCUUUGCCCAACAUUUAGUUUGGGCUACUAAGGGCUGCGACCUGAACAAGUUAUGCAAUAAAUGGGUGUGUUUUGCAUACAUGAGGUAUUCUGCUUGCCGUGCAGAAGGGCAAUAAGCCAUGCUAACACUGAAGCCUUGCUCUCCAGUUCCAGCUUCUGUAAUUGUUUGACCGGAUCACAAUACCGUUUGCCUUCAGUACCACAGAAUGAGAGAGGAUGGCAAGGCUUACAUGGCAGGGGAAGCCUUUUCAGCCCCUCGGAGCCCCCCAGUUUCUAAAAAUGCAGCAAAAGUGAGCCUAAGCCAACCCUCCUCUGCAGCUUCUGCUUUCUGUUCUGUAGCUACAAAGGAGGAGGGUCCCCUGUCCUUUUAUAAGCACCACUUUCUAGAUCUGCUGCUGGCUGGUGGAUAAGGCCUCGCUUAGACAGACCUCACUUGUGAAAAUGAAAACUAUUUUUUUAUAUCAUGACAAGCAAUUCUAAUAAAUUUUGCUAAGUGUUUGAA